AUGGAUCUGAUUCCUCUUCAAAUAAAUACUGAUAAUAAUAACAACACAGAACAACAUUGCAAAGGAUGUGAUAAAGAUCGUCCUUGUAGUUUGUUCAUUGAUAAUAAUAAAACAUUUCAAGGUAAUUCUAAAGAACGAACAAAUCAAAUAAUUGAAGUAAUAUCAGAUGUAGACGAAUAUAAAUGGAU